UGACCGGAGAUAUUUGUUCGAAUAAGCCGGUGGUCAACAAGAGGUUGCCGCCGUUACAGCGGAAGGUUAAGGUUCUUCGCCGGUUAGUUCCUGGUUGCCGGAAAUUAUCAUUCCCGAAUCUUCUUGAAGAAACCACAGACUAUAUAGCCGCUUUGGAGAUGCAAGUCCAAGCUCUCACCGGGCUCCUCACCGGCCGUAACACUAGCCACUCCUUCUGAUCAUCUCAU